UAGGCAACCCGUUGCGACAUGUAAACAACCAGGAAGUGUUUUUUUUAUUGAAUUUAAGGUUUCGAUUUAAGGAAAAACGAAAAUCUGUCAUCGGAUGUUUAGCUAGCAUUUAGAUGCUUCACAAUGCCAAAAAUUCAGAAGUCCUUACCGGAUUACCAGGCGCUUGUUCGCUGGACCGUUCAAGAUGUCAUAAAUUGGCUUCACGACAACAAAUUUGAUGCCUGUGUCAGUGCCUUCCGACAAUGUGGAAUUGAUGGGAACAAAUUUGUGCACUCUGAAGAGCCUGAUCUGAUAAAUAUUGGAAUAAAAAGACCCAUAGUACGGGAAAUAAUGGAGCAGUUGAACACGGUUGGUCGUCCGAGGAAUAAUAUGCGGGUCGGGGCACAAGUCGUGCAGCCCCCCUCACAUCGAACUGUGGUGACCAAUGAUGAUGCAGAUUCCGAUGAGGGCUGGGAUACUGAUGAGUUUCAAGAAGAGUCAGAUGAAUCAGUCCCGCCCUCCCCAAUGGCUCCACCUAGGCCUAAUCGCACAGUGCCAACAAAAAAUGGGCUUCGUGAUAGCCCGUCUCUUCCAAGACAGCCAGUCAUGGCACCAGAGGCAGACGAAGUGUAUACGGAUCCAGACGAAAGCGGGUCCAAGCCUCCUCAAAUCAACUCGCUCCCCCCUACCACGAGGACCAAUCAAAAGCGAGUACCGGCCCCGAUACACAAAGAGGAACCGAUGGCUGAGGAGUUGUACGAAGACCCUGAUGAUAAGCCCAGCGGUCCUCCCAUCCCUAGUCCCGCACCACAGAGAGCGCCACCUAUUGGCAAGCGUAGCCUGCCUGCGCUGCCCCAGGAGGAGGAGGAGAACUAUGAAGACCCAGACAGCAAGCCACAAGCCCCACCCCCUCCCAGGGCCAAAGGCAAGGCUGCCCCGCCCCCUUACACCAAGGUCAAUAUUCAGGACAAGCCUAAACCACCGUCCCUUGCCAAACUACCGAGUCGACUGUCCAUGCAAGAUGAUACGCCAGACUAUCUGGAGCCCCUAGAGGAUCUCCCACCCCUACCCCCCACCAGGAGCACAGCCCCUCCGCCAAGAGCCACACUCCCUCCUCCCAGGGGCGGAGAUGUACAUAAAAAGCCUUCUGUACCGGCCCAAGAGGAAGAGACGUACGAGGAGACCACAAGUGAUGCCUUGGAAGACUAUGAAGAACCGGACGUGGUUGAACCGCCCAAGAGAGUGGGGCCCACAUCCCUUGGUAACAACCCUUCAAGGGCGCCACAACUUCUGGUUAGCAACACUUCAAGGGCUCCCCCAUCCCCAGUUAGCACCAGAUCAAGGGCACCCCCACCUUCACCAAGUAACACUUCAAAGGCACCCCUACCAUCACCUAACAACAGUUCAAUGGGGCCCCCACCUCUGAUUAGCAACAGUUCAAGGCCACCACCACCCCCAGUUACCAACACCAGGGCGCGUCCACCUUUGAUUGAGCAAGAAACAUAUGAGGAACCUGAUGCAAUGAAAAAUCCACCAUUUCAAGAAGAAACCUACGAAAUUCCUGAGAAAGAAGAGGAGCAGGAGCAGUACUUGGAAAUGGAACAUGAUAUUCCCCAGACCUUGGCACCGGUCCCUAUCCCUUCUAGAACCACACCCAGCGUCCUUACUGGGAGAUCACGGGCCCCGGCCCCUAUUCCUGCCCAGACACCCAUUAUUAGUGAGACCUGUUUGGUACCCAAGAAAUCACAGAUUCCUUCCCCUGCAGGAGAAGACUAUGAAAAUGAAAUGGAGAAACUUAAAGCUGCACCAAAAUUACCGGUUCAGAAGAGAGUUUUGCCCCCACCCCCAUCCACACAGAUUGAAACUCCAGCACCACAGACAAUUGGAUCAAAAGAACCGACAGAGGCCCAGUUACUGUUGCAGAGGUGGUACCACGGCAGUAUGUCUAGAGAUGAGGCCAAAGAAAAACUGUUUUCAUAUAAUAUGGAUGGAAUGUACCUUAUUCGAAGAAGUGCCAAGAAUCCUUCUCAGCCAUUUACCCUGCAGAUAUACUUUGCAAAGAACGAUUUCAACCUUCCAAUCAGAAAAAGUGGCUCUGGCUAUCAAGUAGGAGCCAACACACAGACAUUUCCUUCUCUACUAGAAAUAGUUAACACCUUCAAGAAAAGUCGACUUGUACUCAACCAAACCAUACAAACCACUUUAGUGAAAUCUCUACCAAAAACUUAAAAACAAAUUGUUAUUGUAUAUAUUCAUUUUCUCAUCUUAAUAUUAUUAUGUCAAGAACCCAUUGCAUGGACGCUUGGAAAAACUAUGCAAAUUAUUUUUGUUUUUGCAAAUAUUAUUUAUGUGCAGAGAUGGUAUCAUAGAGACAACGGUUCUAUUGUGUGUAAUGCGCAACCAUGUAAAACACGCGUCUACUAUUAAAAUUAAAACUCGGAGAUAAACACUUUGCUAUAUGCAUAGUAUACAACAUGUAUCUCAGCCUUUCAUUAAAAAAAAUCAUGUUUUAGUUUUUGUUUAAAACUUUUAAUAAAAGGAUAGGCAAAAUAUGUUGUCACUGUUUUUAGAGCCCGUAUAUUGAAUUAUUUUCAGAAAAAAAUAUUGUUUUUGACCUCAAAAGAUAAAUGUAUCAUGUUUGACCUAAAAAAAGAAACUUCUGCAUACUAACUAUACCGGGGUAUUUGGUCAUUUUGUAUUGAACUAUUACACGCCAACAAUUCUUUAUUAUAUUACACCAACCAUUAAUUAUUAGUGUUACAUGUUUACUAUAAUAUCAACUAUUUAUUGUUACUGUUCCUUGUUUCCUAUAACACCAACCAUAAUUUAUUGUUGUUUCUUGUUUACUAUUAUACCAAGAAUUAAUUAUUGCUGUUUCUUGUUUACUAUUACACCAAGAAUUAAUUAUUGCUGUUAAUAGUUUACUAUUACACCAAAUUAGAAAAUAUUAAUUGUUGCUGUUCAUUGUUUACUAUAUCACCAUACUACUAUAGUAUGUACAUGGUAUAACUAUCAACUGUUACUUGUUUUCUAUUACAACGACCUUUACUUUAUAAUUGCUGUUACUUGCCAACUAUUACACCAAUAAUUAAUUGCAUGUUGUUGUUACAUGUUUACUAUUAAACCAACAUUAAUUGGUGUUGCUACUUGUUAACUAUUACACCAACCAUUAUUUAUUGAUGUUACCUGUUCAAACCAAAGGGUUAUUAUUUUUCCAGAUCUUACAAACGACGGGUGCUUAUCAUUGAUCUGUAUGAAAAUGUCAAGAAAUACAACCUAAUAAGUAUAUGAUCAUACAUUGUCCAUCAAAAAACAGACUGGUCCAUGAGCCUUCAUAUUAUGACCAAUCCUGUAAGUUUAUUGAUGGACUAUUUGGAAGAUAUACAAUACUUUUUAUAUUGCUUCAAACAUACAUUGCUGUGUUUUUGUCACAUUUAAGUUUAUUAUCGAGAUAUCAUGAAAAAUUCUGACUAUUAUUGAGCAACCAAUUGCAUUUAAAGGGAUUUAUUCACAGUUUGGUAAAAUUACAAAUUAAAAAAAAUUGUCAUAUAUAGAAAUGUACGACAGGGAACAACAGGUUACACUCAACUCUUUUUAAGUACCAAACAUCACAGGCCUGAUUGUAGAUGUUGACGUUUUAGUUGUGAACAUAAAAUACUUAUAAAAAUUAUAUACUUAAUAUUUUUAUGUUUACAAUUUCAUAAUUUAAACUCAUCAUUCAUCAUAAAAAUGUAAAUAAACAAUCUAUAAUAUAUAUUUUUGUAUAAUUUAUUUACCUUAUAACAGUUGCUUUUAUUCUUAUAAAAGGACUUAUCAAAAGUAUGUAAUUCAAUUUUUUUUAAUCAUUUACAGAUAUGAACAUUUUUAAGAAAUGCAUUUUUAUAUUGUUUGUAAGAAAAUGCUAAUUGGUACAAACAAAAAAUACAUUUCUAUACAAGCUUAUUUUCAAUAGAUAUCACACAGGAACUCUAUUAUUAAAAUUAUACAUUUUAUUGCUGUUGAUGCGUUUUUAUAUUGUGAAUGGUAGAAUGACCUUUAAAAAGAAAUAUAAACGAUUUCUGCAAAGUAGUGUAUAUUUCAACAUAUACAUGUUUAUGAGCUCUUUAUCUUUAAUAGCCUGUAUAUUCUAUGACAGAAAGCAAAAGGCAGAUUGCAAGAUUUGUCAUGUUACAAUCAAAUUAUGGAUUAGCAACUUAUUUUUCAAGAACAAAGAUACUGGGUAGAGCUAUUUAUGUGCUCUGAAUUCGAGCAUAGAUUUCUGUAUGUCUCUGUAAGACCAAAAAUUUUCAUGCAGUAAUGUUAAAAAAGUUGUUAAAUAACUCAUGUAUUCCACUGAUAAGCAUUUCUGUUCUUUUUAAACCAGAAAAUACAAAGUUCUUUGACAGAUAAGGUAAAACCAAUAAUAUUUUGCAAAGUUGCACAACAAUUGUAACAAUUUAAAAAUAAAUGUUUUUAAGGGAUCAGGGUUAAAGGGUAAUUACUUAACCAGGCUUUUAUUAACCUAUAUAUCUCUGUUAUGAUUAUGUUUUAAUGAAAGUAUCUUUACAACAGAAAUGUUGGUAUGUCAAACAUACAUCUUAUUUUGUUAUUACUUAACUUUGCUAUUUUAACCUCGCUUGCAUUUGCUAAAGUUGUUAUUUUGUUUUAUAAGAUUUUAACUUUUGUAUGCAUUAAAUGUCUUAUAAAAAUUGAAA